CCGGCACUUGCAGCGCGAUCAUGGCCGGGCGUCGCCUUCUCUCGGCCCUGCUGCUGCUGCCGCCGCUCCUGGGCGCUUGCCUCGCCGCCGGCCGCUACUUCAAGGAAGGGCAGAGCUGCUACAAGCCGCUGCCGCGCAAGCCUCCCGCCGUCCGAACCUACCGUCGUCCGUAUGAGUAUUUGGACCUCGCCGCCCUGCCCAAGAGCUGGGACUGGCGAAACGUGAAUGGUGUCAAUUACGCAAGCUCCACACGCAACCAGCACAUCCCUCAGUACUGCGGGUCAUGCUGGGCUCAUGGCAGUACCAGCGCCUUAGCAGAUCGCAUCAACAUCAAGAGGAAAGGCGUCUGGCCCUCUGCUUACCUCUCGGUCCAGAACGUGAUCGACUGUGCCGAGGCCGGAUCUUGUGAAGGAGGGGACGACAGCGGCGUGUGGCAGUACGCUCAUGACCACGGCAUCCCUGACGAGACCUGCAACAACUACCAAGCCAAAGACCAAGAAUGUAAGAAAUUUAACCAGUGUGGAACAUGUGUUACUUUUGGGCAAUGUCAUGUGAUAACAAACUACACCCUCUGGAAAGUUGCUGAUUUUGGCGAUGUCAGUGGGCGAGAAAAAAUGAUGGCAGAAAUCUAUGCAAAUGGGCCUAUCAGCUGUGGAAUCAUGGCCACUCCAAAGCUGGACCAAUAUACUGGAGGACUUUAUGCUGAAUACUCUCCAGGUGCGGCAAUAAACCACAUCGUCUCUGUUGCUGGCUGGGGAGUAGAAAAGGACACGGAAUACUGGAUUGUCCGGAACUCUUGGGGCGAGCCAUGGGGAGAGCGCGGCUGGCUGAGGAUUGUGACGAGCGCAUAUAAAGGGGGGAAAGGCGCAGACUAUAACCUUGCCAUUGAGGAGCAUUGCACAUACGGAGACGCCAUUCUUCCUUGAGUCGGCAGCAUUGUGGCGCACGGAGGAUGCGUGGGCUGGGCCAGCCGGUGGCGGCUGCUUGUUCGGGGACAGGCUGAUUUUGCUGCAGGAGCCUUUAAUCAGGGACUUUGGGGUGGAAAUCUGAGCCUUCAGUCUCUUUCUUCUCUGCUAACUUUUUUUUAAUCAAGGCUGUCUAAGAUAAAUCUCACACACGGACUGUACUGUACGCGAGACAGUAUGAGCAGCACUUUCUUAAAUGUUUCCAUAUGGAAAUAACUAAUUGUGAUUCUCAUAUUUUGUAGUUUUCUGGAGAUGGAAAGGGUUUUUUUUUUUUUUUAACUGUAAUGUUUUGGGAGCCGCGCUCUGAGAGGAAACAAAAUUAAAUCAUAUAUGAAAUUAUA